AUGGGGAAGUACCUGGCGAUCACUGCCACGAUGGACCAGCUCCCUCUGGAUGCUGGACACCAAGCAGAAACCGCCCGCUACUCGGUGCCCGAAGAGGCGGAGAGAGGCUCCUUUGUGGCGAAUAUCGCCAAGGAUUUGGGACUGACUGCUGAGGAAUUAUCGGCUCGACAGGCUCGGCUGGUUCCUGAAGGAGAAAAGCAGUAUUUCCAGCUGAACGAGCACACCGGGGAUUUGGUGGUGCGAGAACGGAUGGACCGGGAGGAGCUGUGCGGGCAGAGCGAGCCCUGCCUGGUGCGUUUCGAGGUGCUGCUGGAGAGUCCACUGCAGUCCUUCCGAGCUGAGGUAAGCCUCACCGACAUAAAUGAUCAUGCUCCCGUGUUCUUAAAUAAAGAGAUAGUUUUAAAGAUCUCGGAAACUGCAAUGCCGGAGGCUCGGUUUUUGUUGGAAAGCGCUCAGGAUCCAGAUGUGGGGAACAACAGUCUUCAGCAUUACAGUAUCAGCUCAAACGAUUAUUUCCAUAUCUACACCCGGAGGCGGAGCGAUGGCAGGAGGUACGCGGAGCUGGUGUUGGACCGAGCCCUGGACCGGGAGCAGCAGGCAGAAGUGGCUUUCAGUGUCACAGCUGUGGAUGGUGGGUCUCCACCGCGCUCUGGUACAGCCUUAAUCCGCGUGGUAGUUCUGGAUAUAAAUGACAACAUCCCGGUAUUUACCCGGAGUCUGUAUAAAGUCCGGGUAUUAGAAAAUAGCUCCCAGGAUACCUUAGUGGUGGCGGUGUCUGCUAGCGAUUUAGACUCGGGAACGAACGGGGAAAUAGCCUAUUCCAUAGUUCAAAAUUCAGAGGAAAAUCGCCAGGUGUUUAAAAUAAAUUCAGAGACAGGGCAGAUUCGACUCAAAAAGCCGGUGGAUUAUGAAGAAACGAAGACCUACGAGAUAGACGUCCAGGCUACAGACGGAGGGGGCCUGGCCGCCCACUGCAAGGUGGAGGUGCAGGUGGAGGACGUGAACGACAACGCCCCCGAGGUGAUCAUCACCUCCCUCACCAGCCCCCUCUCGGAAGCCGCGCCGCCGAGCACCGUGGUGGCACUCUUCAACGUGCGGGACCGAGACUCGGGGGACAACGCGGCCAAGCUCUACAAGGCUCGCGUAAGAGCAUGCAAAUCUCCUCCCUCUGCUCACUGCUACGCUGACGGCGACUUCGUCACCGGAGCCGUGGACGUGGCCGGCACGGGCACUCUGUCGCCGGCUUACGGCUACGAAGUGUGCCUGACGACCGGCUCAGGGAGGA